GGUCAGUGAUGGCAGACGGGAAGUGACGUUGUGACUAUGGAAACUGUUGCUAGGGUUUUGGAGACGGACGCUGUGCUACAAGAACGGGGCCCCUGGGCAUGCUCGGUCUUAAAAUGGCCACUCCAAAUGAUGAGACAGCAGCAGAUCUUCCUGUAAGAGAUGUGGAAUCAAGCCCUUCAGGAAUUCAAGAUUAUGUAUCUCCACAGAAAGUUAAAGCAAGACGAGCAGUAUCUCGUAUUACCCGGCAAGAACUAGAGGACAGAUAUUUACAAAUGUAUGAUGAGAACUUCCUACUCAAACAGCAAGGACGCAAGCAAGAGGAUAAAAUAAAAAGGAUGGCCACCAAGUUAAUACGUCUGGUACAGGACAAAAAGAAAGCAGAGCAAGGGACUGGAAUUUCAAAAAGAUCUGGAAAAGAUGUAGAGCUUGAAGAGAUGAUUGAACAACUGCAGGAAAAUGUGCGGGAGUUGGAGAAGCAAAAAGAGUCUUUACAUAAUCGAUUAAUAGCUGCUAAGCAGCAACUGCAAACCCAGGGACACCGACAUGCUCCAUACAACUAUAUACAGUCCCGUAUUAAUUCUGGCCUUCGAAAAGUUACUGAAGAUAUAGUAAUGCAACGUAGAGGAAUGCAAAUUCAGAAUCCUGAAGUCACUUCCAGAUCUACUCAAGCAGCUCUUCCUCGCUAUGGUCACAGUUUACUUGAAGAAGCUCGAGCAGAGACAAGAAACCUUGAAAAUGUGAUAGAGUCACAGCGAAGUCACAUUGAUGAGUUGGUGCAUACUACAGAGAUUCUCAAGGAUGAGCUGCAGAGAAAGGAGAAGGAGCAUGAGGAAACCUUCCUCCAUCUCAGAGAGCAACAAACCACAGGCCAAAGGGCAACAAUCAAAGAGAAUGUUGUAAUGAUCAAGCUUCAGAAACAGCUGACAGAAAAAAACAGGGCUUUUGCUGAGAUGGAGAGCAAGUUUCAUGCACUUCAAGAGCAUUUGAAGACCGUGAAGUCUAGUCAAGAUGCUUUCCUGAAUGAAGUAGACAAGCUUAACAGCCAACUGAAAGAAGAACGUUUGAAAAGCUUCCAUCUUGAGAAACAGUUGCAGUCGAGCACAUUCUCUCAGAGAAGAGCGGAAGAGUUACUGGGUCGUAUCGGUGAUUUGGAAAAAGAGCGUGAUCUGCUGAAGGAAAAUUCCGACAAAUUGUACAGCAGUGCCUUCACUGUGAGCAACAGUCAAGAGCAACAACGAAAGUUAAGAGAGCAACAGUUAAAACUUCAGAUUGCUCAGCUUGAAGCUGCUCUAAAGUCUGACCUUGCAGACAAAAAUGAGGUUCUUGAAAGAAUGCGAAGAGAGAGAGAGCACGCUGAGAAACUUGAUGAAGAAAAUAAGAAGCUCCAGCUGCGUUGUCUGGAAUUGAAGCAUCAGCUGGAUGAAUUUCAGAAUAGACUAAAAUUUUUCACAAAGGAAAGUGAUGUUGAUGUCACUGAACUCAGUGAAGCUCUCAUUCUCAUAAAGACACGGAAGCAACUGAAGAAUGGAGAGGUCAAAUUUUUGGAGAAAGUUGAGGAUGACAUGGGGAAGGACCUUGAAAAGUCUUUAAGAGAAUUACAGGCAAACCAUGUGGAAACUGUGCAGGAACUUGAGAAAACUAGAAACAUGCUGAUAAUGCAGCAUAAAAUCAACAAAGAUUACCAGGAUGAAGUUGAGGCUGUUACCCAGAGGAUGGAGAGUGUACGUCGUGAUUAUGAUGUAAAGUUGGAGCAAUAUGGCCACUUGCUUGAUGUUAGAGCAGCUCGUAUUCGCAAACUUGAAGUCCAGUUAAAAGACAUUGCAUAUGGCACAAAGCAGUUCAAAUUCACACCAGACAUAACUAAGGAAGAUGAAUCUGUACAUCUAGAAAGGGGCUACAAUCUUCUUGAGAUCCACAUAUCAAAGUUGGUGUUCUCUCCAGUUGUUGACAACAUCUUCGAAGAUCAGGAGCCUGCCACCUUCUGCACAUAUGCUUUCUACGACUUUGAGCUUCAAACUACACCCAUUGUGCGUGGCUUACAGCCUUUAUAUGAGUUCACCUCUCAGUAUCUAGUACAAGUAGAUGAUUUUUUCCUACAGUAUAUACAAAAGAAUACUGUAAGGCUGGAAGUUCAUUUGGCAAUCGGCACCGAAUUUAAAACAAUAGCUGUGUGUCAGCUAAAGUUCCAGGACAUUCUUGAAAAAAAUGGGCAAAUCUUUUCUAGUUCUACAUUGAUUGGGAUCAACAAUGAUAUCAAUAAUUAUGGCACGUUAGAGUAUUGGUGCAAGCUUAAAGUGCCCAUGGAGCAAGCUAUUCGAUUAUACAAAGAGCGAGCAAAGGCUUUGGGUUAUAUUUCCUCAAACCUAAGGGAUCCAUAUCAGCCAGUAGCUGUUGACACAGGCAAAAACAUUGGGUCAGUAGAAGAUAAUAUGAACGAACUGUUCAUCGCCAUAGAUGGCUGCAGCAAUUUAAAGUCUGGAACUAGUACACGUCAGCCCAGUCCUUAUGUGGCCUACACCUUUUUUCACUUUCCUGACCACUAUACUAACACCAUUGCAAGUAGCAAUAAUCCACAAUUUGAAGAUCUCAAGUGCUUUCCCUUAUCCAUGAAUGCCGAUCUAGACAAGUACCUGAAAUCUCAGUCUCUUGUUCUUUAUGUUUUUGAUGACAAGGAAGUAGGUGAUGCUUAUCCUGGUAAAGCCAUGGUGCCUCUAAUCCCUCUUGCUCACGAUAAAUGCAUUUCAGGAACAUUUCAGCUCACUGAUUCCCAAGGCAAUGAAAGAGGAACUAUUAAGGUCACCUUAAAGUGGAAGUUCACAUAUCUGCCCCCAAGAGACUGCAUUUUAACAGGACCACUGAAAGAUGAACUAGAAAAAGAAACGCCAGUACCUAUCAAUUUUCCCAAAGAGGAAGAUGUCCAAGUUCCAGAGAGAGUGGUCCCUGUUAUGCCUAUGCCAAUUCCAAGGGUGCGAAAACCCCCAGCAGACAAAAAAGUCUCCUUUUUUGUUUCCAAUACAGAAAGUUUAAAUCCAGUGAACCAGACAGCUGAUAAAAUCGUGAACAGUUCUGUGUUAAAUAUCUCUGAGAAGGAAUAUGAUAAAUCUGCAAAAGUGGAAGCUCCAAAAGAAUCACUGAACGAACACGCAAACAAUAAUGACGAAAGCUCACAACUUUCAGAAGGGCAAUUUGAAGCUCAAAGUAAUGACACAUCAGGGGAUGAAACAGAAGUAUCUGAAGCUUUUGAAGCAGAAGACACUGAUGGAAAUGAAUCUACAGCAUCUGACAGUGAUGACUGCGUCAUCCCUGCAGCUAAAGAGGUGAAACCACUGUCAGAGAAGAUCUGCAUAGAGAUUAUGUCUUUGAGUCUGGAUGAUUCAGAAGUGGUACAGAAUGAAUCCAUAAAGAAAUUAUUUGUAGAGUACAAACUUGGCAACCUUCCAGCUGAGGAAACCCCAAUGUCUCUACCGAAACCCAGAAACGGGCAGCUGAUCCAUUACAACUACAGCAAUGUGGUACAUUUGGAUAAAGCAAAUAACCAAUCAAAGAGAGAUUCCAUAAGGACCCUCUUGGAGGAUCCAGACCCCAGCAGUGGAAGUAUUAAAUUUACAGUGGUUAGUGAUCCACCAGAGGAUGAACAAGAUCUUGAGUGUGACGAUAUUGGAUUUAGUAGUAUCAGCCUGAAAGAAAUCUUACAGACUGGCAAAGACAUCAUCCACCAGAAAUUGAAAAUUUAUGAUUCCGUGUCUGGAGAAAAAAUAAUUGGUAAGAUGACCGUGACAGUUGAAGCUGCUGAGGCCCUCAGGUCAUUGAUGCAGGAUUAAUAAACCAAGCUUAUGCAUGGAAAAGAAAUUUAAAAACUUUGUUACUUCCGCCUGUUCCAGUUUUGAUCUUUGAAACCAACAACCAGCGUUUAUUAUGUUGAUAAUAAAGCAAGUUUAAUAGUGAAAUCCAGGCCACAUGUCGUAUUCGCAGUCCUGCUUUUUUUUAUUUUUUUAAUCACUACAUUCUCUUUGUUUUCAAUCAGGUGCUAAGACACAUAAAUAUUUAAGAGUUCUAAAAGCAGCUUUGUAAGCUUCAUUCAUGAAAUGUUUGACAAGUGUUCAAAAUGCAAGAAUGCGUGCUAACAUGCAAACAUUUGGAGCUGUGCACAAAAUGAGAUAAUUGCAUUGCAGCAUUCCUUUCAUCUGCUAUUAGUCCCAUAGAAAAAUGCAUCGAUUUUUCAUUUGACAAUAGGUUUGCAGUACAGUCAUCCAGGGCUGGAGUCAGCUGCUACAUUUCUAGUUCUAUACAAUGCAUGGUGCUGCUUUGUCUGUUACCAGAUAGUUAUAAAUUAUUGUUUGCUUUGUUCUCACUUUGUUUUUACAAUUAAAAAUAAAUCAGAAAAAAAUGUGUUUUAUAAAUGCAUAUUUUUAUGUUCACAAUAUUAAAUGGCUUUGUUUUUAAUAAUA